AUGUCGUCACGUCUCUUGCGAUCGGCUGUGGUUCGAGCCACCCAGCAAAGAACCAUGUACGAGAACCCGUACAUCAAUCGUUUCAAGGCCAGAAGCAAGGUUUCUGAGGAUUUCCACAAGAAGACCACUGGAAUCACUGGACUCUUCGUCAACGAGCAUCCACAUCGUGCAUUGACUGUCGUCUACGGCCGAAUCCUUCGUGCUAUUGAACAAAUGCCACGAGAUUCCGCUUAUCGCAAGUACACCGAAGCUGUUGUCAAGCAGCGUUUGGCUCUCGUUCAAGCAGAAAACGAUAUUAAAAAGCUUGAAGAGAAAAUCGGAAUGGGACAAAUUGAGGAGGUCAUCGAGCAGGCCGAGUACGAGCUUGAGACGACACGAGCAAUUCUGGAUUCGAAAGCAUGGGAGCCACUUGUCGAAUCUGCUCCAAAGGGACAAUGGUCAUGGCCAGUUUAG